AGACGAUGGAUAGAAUCGAUAGAUCUACUCCCUCCCUCCCACCCCCGACACCAAAACCAACGCCUUCAUCAUUUUUCCCCGCAUCGGGUUUCGGUCCCCUUCUCUUCUCCCCCGAUCCCCGCCUCAUAUCCACACUCCCUUUCGGUUUCGAGAACUCCGUCGCCGCCGCAACCGCGUCUUGUGCGAUAACUCUCCUCUCUGGCGCCCCCUCGCGACCUAUGCGGGUUGCGAGAUGAGCACUCCGUCGGACGAAGAGGAGGAGGACGAGGAGGAGGAAUUUUACGAGCCGCUUGAUCGGAUUCUCUCGUCGUCGUGCUCCUCCACCUCUGCAUCCGACGACGACGACGCCGACGCCCACCACCACCGACGCCGCGGCCGCCACCACCUGCCUCGCUUCCCGCCGCUGUCCGCGGUGUCCCUCGACGUCUGGAUCUCCGAGCCGGCGUCCGUGGAGGAGCGCCGCCGGAGGCUACUCCAGCAGCUGGGCCUGGCCGGCGAUCCCGCCCUCGCCCGCCUCAAAUCCCCCGCCGCCGGCGAGGCGGGGAUUCGGGAAGGGGAGAUCGGGAGAUCCGUGUCCUCUGACGGCCUCUGCCGUCGCCCCGGUUCUUCCUCCGCCGCCGCCGCCGCCGUCGGCCCCGCCAUUGCGCGAUCUAGAUCCGACGGCUCCGUGGAUCCCGGCCCUGUAUAUAAUCAGCUGCAGUUAGAGCGGCCGCAGGUGCACUGCCAUCAGCGGGCGAUCCAUAUGCCGGUCUCCAGCAAGCCGCUUCUCGUCGGGAGAACCCGGCCGGCGUCGGGCGGGAAUCUUGAGGCUUCCGACGCCGAUGGCGGCGGCGGAGACCGCCGGGAAGAUGGCGACGACGGGGAUGAUGAUGAUGAUCCGAGGUACUUGAUCAAGAAUCUCGACAACGGGAGGGAGUUUGUGGUGAAGGAGUUUAGGGAGGACGGGAUGUGGAAUAAGCUGAGGGAGGUCGGGACCGGGCGGCAGCUCACGAUGGAGGAGUUCGACAUGUGCGUCGGCCUGUCUCCUAUAGUCCAAGAGCUCAUGAGGCGGCAAAAUGUCGAGGAGUCCGCGAAGGGCAGCGGCCUUGGUGCCCUUGGUGGCGAGCCGAGAGCCGGCGCUGGGUCCGCGGGCGCGAUGAGGUCGAAGAAGAGGGGGAGCUGGCUCAGGAGCAUCAAGAACGUUGCAGGCUCCGUGGUGGCUGGAGGCCACCACAGGGACCCGCGGAGCAGUGAUGAGAAGGACACAUCGUCGGAGAAAGGAGGGAGGAGGUCGAGCUCUGCCACUGAUGACAGCCAGGAUGGUUUGCGCUCUCUCCGUCACCACCACGGCCCCGAGCGGACUAAGGUCCGGCAGUAUGGCAAGUCGCACAAGGAGCUCAGUGGUCUGUACAUGACCCAGGAGAUUCAGGCCCACAAAGGGUCCAUCUGGUGCAUCAAAUUCAGCUUGGAUGGGCGGUACUUGGCGAGUGCAGGGGAGGACUGCGUCAUUCAUGUGUGGGAGGUGACGGAAUAUGAGAGGAAGGGGGAAUUGCCGGUGGAGAGGGAGGAUAAUGGGAGUUGCAAUCCUUUUGCUGCAAUUAGUAAUGGAUCGCCCGAACCAACACUGGCACUGGCUUGUGUGGAAGGGAACAAUUGGGAGAAGAAGAGGAGAGCAAACGUCCCCGGUGGCAGGAAGUCAAUGGCUUCGGACCAUCUGAUGGUGCCGGAUCAUUUGUUUGCACUGUCUGAGAAGCCGGUCUGCUCUUUCAGAGGGCACUCGGAUGACAUUCUCGAUCUCUCGUGGUCGAAAUCACAGUAUCUGCUAUCAUCUUCAAUGGACAAAACAGUUCGACUAUGGCACAUGUCUAGCAAUUCCUGUUUGAAAACAUUCUCUCACAGUGACUAUGUGACUUGCAUCCAAUUCAAUCCUGUUGACGACAGAUACUUCAUUAGUGGAUCCCUAGAUGAGAAAGUUCGCAUAUGGAGUAUUCCUGAUCGUCAAAUAGUUGACUGGAAUGAUUUGCAUGAAAUGGUCACUGCUGCAUGCUAUACGCCUGAUGGACAGGGUGCACUAGUUGGUUCACACAAGGGAAGUUGCCUCUUGUACGACACAUCUGAUAAUAAACUUGUUCAAAAAUGUCAAAUUGACUUGCAAAACAAGAAAAAGAAGUCUAGUCACAAGAAAAUUACUGGUUUCCAGUUUGCCCCAGGGAGCUUCUCAAAAGUGCUGAUUACAUCUGCAGAUUCACGAAUCCGGGUAAUUGAUGGUGUUGAAUUGGUUCACAAAUUCAAAGGUUUUCGCAACACAAGCAGCCAAAUUUCAGCCUGUGUGACUGUGGAUGGGAAGUAUGUGAUUUGUGCUAGUGAGGACUCACAUGUGUUUGCGUGGAAAUAUGAUGAUGAUUCUCAACCUAGUAGAAGCAAAGGUGUUGCCACUGUUAUGCAUUCUUACGAGCAUUUUCAUUGCCGGGAUGUGACAGUUGCUGUUCCUUGGCCGACCAGCAGCAUGGGAGGGAAGCCAGGGACUCGAUGCGAUAGACUGAAUGGAGUUUCCAAGGCAAAUCCACAGCUGCUGGUUGAGGCAAAUGGGCACCAGCAUUCACCUUUUCCUGCUUGUCGGUAUAUAGAUAUAAACUCGAGCAACUAUUGUGACAAGGUUUCUGCUACCUGGCCUGAAGAGCUCAUGACAGCAAACAAACAGAGCCCUCCUAGUAUUGGUGAUAUUUCCGAUGGGGGCAUGCCGGGGCAGAGCAGGUCAGCCUGGGGAUUAGUUAUUUUGACUGCGAGUCGUGGGGGUGAAAUCAGGACAUUUCAGAAUUUUGGCUUUCCAAUUCGGGUAUAAAUUCCUCCAUUGCUCCAAGAAAUUGCUAAAGCCCUUGGCUGGGGAUGGAAUCAUUUGUCCCACAAUUCAACAGGGCUCUUCCCAACUUGAUGCUAUCAUAGUUUUGUGUAUAGAUAGAUAUGGAUGUGGGAGGCCUGUGAUACCCAUGCUCCCUUGUUCACUUGCUUGGCCGAUUUGUGAGAGAACCAAUGCAGCCGUACUGCUCCCUGAUUCAAGAGUUACCCAGCUUCCUUUAUUCCCAAAUGUACAUUAAAGUGAAAGCGAAAAGGGAUGAUGCUGCCGGCUGGUUGGACCUCAACUGAUUCUUUUUACCAUUCGGAGUUUGUCUUGUUCAGGGGUAUACAGUUCAAGGUACCCCAUGCUGUCCCACUUUUGUUUUUAUUUAAAUCAAUGUAAGAAGGAAAUUUCAGUGCUAUAACAAAAUUACAGUUAGGAUGGGGAAUUUGUUUAUGUUUA